AUGACUGUUGGAGAGAAAAAACGAACAAUUACAAGUCGUUCAGAAGGUACUUUAUUAGGUCAUUAUUUAGUUUUAACUGAAACAGCAUAUGUAUCAAAUACAGCUGGAUUUUUAAUAGUUAAAACAAUAAAUGAACUUGAAUGUAAAUGUUUAUGUUCAAGUAAUAAACAAUGUUUAGCAAUGACUUAUCGUCUAUCUGAUUCAACUUGUUCAUUAUAUGCAAAUGAUCCGUGUGAUACACGUAUUUGGCAUACAGACACUGACGUAAAUUUUUAUAUAAAUAUAAAACGUUUAAAAUAUCGUUUAUUUGAAAAACCCGAACAAAAUCAAAGAUUAAAACGAUUAACACCUUCAACAUUAUGUGGAAAUAUGAAUAUAUUUAAUUCAGAAAAACGAUGGUUAUUUGUUGUUAAAAUUAGUGGACAAUCAAAAAUUAAUUUUAAUGGUUUAGAUUUUAAUAAUGCACCAAAUCAAGUCGCACCUAGUCCAUGGUAUACAAUAUCAUCAGAAAAUAUUUGGAAUAGUAUCCUUAUGUCGCAAUGGAACUCUCGUCUUUAUUUUCCAAAAUAUUUUGGUUUUGCACUUAUAUACAAUGGUACUGUACGUGAAUUUAUUUAUUUUCGUUUACAUAAAACAGCAAUUCAAAAUUUUUUCAAUAAACAACAUACACCAGUUACAUUCUGUUGGAAUUUAAAAUCUACUAAAGCUCAUCUUCAUCAUACACUUGAACAUGAAAAUUCUUUUACACGAAUAUUUUCAAUAAGUAUCAAUGGCAAUAUAUCACAUACAAUACCUUGUAAUAAACAUGAAACAUUUAUGUAUAUUUCCCCAUUAGAUAAAACUGAUCAAUGUUUUUCAAAUCCAAAUUCUCAACAAACUGUUCAAAUAAUGUUUUCUGAUCAAUGUCAUCCAUCACCUUAUUCGAAAUUACUUCAUGCUGAUGCUUUAAUUGGUUUAAUAUCUGGUGAUACAACAACAGAUACUUAA